CAAAGAUUUGUUAACUCCGCAGGGUAGUUUGUUGUCAGCAACAAGAGCGAAAUCCUGUCUAGGAUGAACUGUUGGCUUUCUUGUGCUCCUGACAACAGGCAUACAGCUGACUGGAAUAAAUACGACGACCGAUUGAUGAAGGCAGCAGAGAGAGGGGAUGUAGAAAAAGUAUCUGCGAUCCUUGCAAGAAAGGGGGUCAAUCCUGCGAAACUGGAUGUGGAGGGCCGAUCUGCCUUCCAUGUUGUGGCCUCAAAGGGGAAUCUCGAGUGCUUGAAUGCCAUCCUGAUACAUGGAAUUGAUAUCACGACCAGUGACACUGCAGGGAGAAAUGCCCUUCACCUGGCUGCUAAGUAUGGCCAUGUGUUAUGCCUGCAGAAGCUCCUCCAGUACAAUUGUCCCACUGAACACGUUGACCUGCAGGGAAGAACUGCGCUUCAUGAUGCAGCCAUGGCAGACUGUCCUUCCAGCAUACAGCUGCUUUGCGACCACGGGGCCUCUGUGAAUGCCAAAGACAUAGAUGGGCGGACCCCACUUGUCCUGGCUACUCAGAUGUGUAGACCAGCUAUAUGUCAACUGCUGAUAGACAGAGGAGCAAAUGUUAACUCCAGAGACAAACAGAACAGAACUGCUCUCAUGCUAGGCUGUGAGUAUGGUUGCAAAGAUGCAGUGGACAUCUUGAUUAAAAAUGGAGCUGACAUCAGCUUGCUGGAUGCCCUGGGCCAUGACAGUGCAUACUAUGCAAGAAUUGGUGAUAAUCUGGACAUUCUGACCUUAUUGAAGACGGCAUCAGAAAAUACCCACAAAGGGAGAGAACAUUGGAAGAAGGGACCACCUGUACAACAGCGCAAUUUGACACUUAUGCAAGGUGAAGUAAAUGCAACAUCAAAUCAGAGGCAGCAUCGAAACAUCCAGGACUUGGAGAUUGAAAAUGAAGAUUUGAAAGAGAGGUUGAGAAAAAUUCAGCAAGAGCAAAGGAUACUUGUAGACAAAGUCAAUGGUUUGCAGUUACAACUGAAUGAGGAAGUGAUGGUUGCUGAUGAUCUGGAAAGUGAGAGAGAAAAGCUGAAGUCCCUCUUGGCAGCCAAAGAAAAGCAACAUGAGGAAAGCUUAAGAACUAUUGAGACUCUGAAAAAUAGAUUUAAAUAUUUUGAGAGUGAUCAUUUAGGACCAGGAAGUCACUUCAGUAAUCGAAAAGAAGAUAUACUUCUUAAACAAGGCCAAAUAUAUAUGACCGACUCACAGUGUCCUUCCUCAGGCAUGGCAGCCCACAUGCAAAGCAGAUCCAUGUUAAGACCUCUGGAGCUAUCUUCCCCCAACCAAAGCUCGUACUCGGAAAAUGAAAUUUUAAAGAAAGAAUUAGAAGCAAUGCGAACUUUUUGUGAUUCAGCAAAGCAAGACCGACUCAAGCUGCAGAAUGAGCUGGCUCACAAGGUGGCUGAGUGCAAAGCCCUGGCAUUGGAACGUGAGAGGGUCAAGGAGGACUCAGAUGAGCAGAUCAAGCAGCUGGAAGAUGCACUAAAGGACGUGCAGAAGAGGAUGUAUGAGUCAGAAGGUAAAGUUAAACAAAUGCAGACCCAUUUUCUGGCCCUGAAAGAGCACUUAACAAAUGAGGCAGCCACUGGGAGUCUCAGGCUCACCGAGGAACUGAAGGAGCAGCUGAAAGACAUGAAAGCCAAGUACGAAGGUGCCGCGGCUGAAGUAGGCACGUUAAGAAAUCAGAUCCAACAAAAUGAGAUGCUGGUGGAAGAGUGGAAGAGGGGUGAGAGCAAGCUGAUAGAAGAAAAUAAACGAUUGCAAAAGAACAUGAGUCUGUGUGAAAUGGACCGAGAGAAGAAAGGGAGGAAGGUGUUAGAGAUGGAGGGGCAGCUGAAAGAAUUAUCAGCAGAGUUGGCCCUUUCUAUUCCAAAAGAAAAAUUUGAAAGCAUGAAAAGCUUGUUAUCCAGUGAGGUGAAUGAGAAAGCAAAAAAGCUAGUGGAGACACAAAGAGACUAUGAAAAGUCAGUCAGUGAAAUCAAGCAGUUGAAGAGGGAACUCGAGGAUGUGAAGGCCAAACUUGCCCUGCGGAUCAGACCAGAGGAACACGAGCAGCUCAAGAGCAGCCUUGAGCAGAAGUCGGGAGAGCUUGGGAAGAAGCUCACCGAAUUCACAGUGAAAAACGAGACUUUACGAAAAGAAAUGGAAAAAGUCUGUGCGGAUAAUAAACGCCUCAACCAGCAAGUGCACAAUCUAACAAUGGAAAUCAAAACUCAAUAUGUCCCUUUAACAGUAAACCAAGAACUGAAAAAAUCACAUGAUGUGGAUAUCGAGGAUUUGAAUAGGAAGCUUUUAGACAUAACACAAAGAUACACAGAAAAGAAGUUGGUAGCAGAGAAAUUGCAGCUGGAAAAUGACAGUUUACGUGAGAAUGUUAGCCAUUUGGAAACUGUGUAUGUACCUCCUGAGCAACAUGAGAAAGAGCUAAUGGCUCUGAAAUCCAGUAUUGCUGAACUUCAAAAAGAGCUGUCUGAACUUCAUAAAAAAUGUGAUGAAGGUCAAGAGAAAAUACGUGCGCUUCUGUCCGAAAACGCUCACUUGAAAAAGACUCUGAGUACCCAGUAUGUGCCAACCAAGACCCAUGAAGAGAUUAAAAUGGCGCUGAAUAACACUUUAGAUAAAACUAAGAGAGAAUUGUUGGAUGUGAAGAAAAAAUUGGAACAGUCAAACCAAGAGUUUUUAAAAAAGAGAGACGAAAAUGAAGUAUUGAAGAGAAACCUGGAGAACACCCAGAACCACAUUAAGGCCGAGUACAUCCGCCUAGAAGAGCACGAGGCACAGGUGAGUGCUCUGCGAGAGAGCGUGCAGAAGGCACAGGCUGACAGGGCAGAAAUGAUGGCUGAUUACAAAAAAGGUCAGGAGGAGAUCACCACGCUGCAUGCUGAAAUUCAAGCCCAGAAAAAGGAGCUGGACACGAUACAGGAGUGCAUCAAGCUCAAAUAUGCUCCCAUCAUCAGCUUUGAAGAGUGUGAGCGCAAAUUCAAAGCCACUGAGAAAGAGCUGAAAGAGCAGUUAUCAGAGCAGGCACGGAAGUCUAGGAUCAGAGAGGAAGAGACUAGGAAAACCAAAGAGGAGAAUGACAAGUUGAAGAAGGAUAUCUUGGCUCUUGAGAAAGAUUUACAGACUAAGGGUAUUUUGAUUGAGAAUUCUCAAGAGAAGGAAAGAGCUUUCAGCCAAAAAGCUGACGAGCUAAGCAAGCAGGUCAAUGACCUGUCACAGAAAUACGCAGAGGUCAAGAAGGAGAAUGAGCAGCUGGUAGAAACCAGUGCCAAACAGACCUCUGAGAUGCUUGCAGUGCACAGUCUUCUGCAGAAACAGCACAUCCCUGUGGAACAGGUGGAGGCUCUGAAGAGCAGCCUUAACGGCACAAUAGAGCAUCUAGAGCAAGAACUGAAGAAGAAGAAGAAAUGCCUCGAGGAAGAGCAGCAGACAGUGGCCACACUGCGUCAGCUACUGGAGAACCAGAAGAACUCUUCUGUGGCCCUGACAGAGCACUUGCAGGUGAAGGGAACGUUGGAGGAGGAGGUUGGGCUCAUCCGGGCUCGUCUGAGAGAAAAGGAAGAGGAGAACCAAAGCAGAACCGAAGAAGUCUCCCAACUCCAGACCGAGGUUCAGAGGGCUCGGCAGGUGAUCAGACAGCUGGAAGCCAGAGAGGUAGUUGAUUUGUCCAAGUAUAACACAAUGAAAAGAGACUUAGAGGCUCAGAUUUCCAACUUAAAUGAACAACUGGCCAAUUUGAAUCGAAAGUAUGAGGAAGUCUGUGAGGAGAGGUUGCGUGAGAAGAUGAAGGAGCUUUCCCCAAAUGAGGAGAAGGAAUUGGUGCAUUUCAACAUUGAACAGGAACUCCAGGAUCAGAAGGAACGAUGCGAUAGGUCCCUAACAACGGUCACUGAGCUACAGAGAAGAAUACAAGAAUCUGCUAAACAGCUCGAAGCCAAAGACGACAAGAUAACUGAACUGCUGAAUGAUGUAGAAAGGCUGAAACAGGCGCUCAACGGCCUUUCCCAACUCACCUACGCGAGUGGCAGCCCCACCAAGAGGCAGAGUCAGCUCAUCGACAGUCUGCAGCACCAAGUGAAGUCACUGAGGCAACAGUUGGCCGAUGCCGACAGACAGCACCAAGAAGUCAUUGCAAUUUACCGGACACACCUUCUUAGUGCUGCGCAGGGUCACAUGGAUGAGGAUGUACAGGCGGCCUUACUUCAGAUCAUACAGAUGCGGCAGGGGCUGGUGUGCUAGCAGCCGGCUAUGAGCACUCAACAUCUGCCUUUCCCUUUGGUGCUGAAUGUUCUGGGUGCAUCUCCGCGGCCUUCCCUGCCAUGUCCAGGGCUGGAGUAGUUAAAAUAAAAUAUAUUUGUUCCAU